AUGGGUGAAAAGGGGGAAGCGAAACAGUUCAACUUUGUUACAUUUGGAACUCCCGAUGAGAUGAAGAGUACGAGAGCUCGCCACUUGGUCUCGUCGCAUGUGUCUCGACUAUGGCGCAGGAAGACACAACCACUGACAAUCGAGCGACAAAUCCCCCUCCACAACUCAGCUUUUUGGACAAAUACAUCACGGCAGAUGAAGGAAAUCCGGUCAAGAAGCUCACGAGCUAUUCAGUCAAGAGAUGCCCACAAUGACUUUGUCGCCAGAAUCCCCCACAAGAUCCCUGGUCAGAUAUCGAGCAGCAUUCAUUUGUUCCAGUUUCUACAAGUCUAUCCACUGUUCACCUGUCCAGUAGAAGUGAUGCUAGAUGGCGCCACACCCCAUGCAGCAGGGGUUCUAGCAAAUAUCGAUGUUAAGGAGGUUUAUCCUGCAAUUAUAUCCAUGAGUCUCACAUGGUUUUGGACGCAGUUUCCCAGCCAAUACUUGCUGGAUAGCGCUCGGUAUUACCGCCUACAAGCGAUCUCGAGACUCAGACAAAGAAUGACCCAUGAGAAUGUGCGGGAUGAUGUGGUGCUCAUGGUGAUAUGUCUCUUGCAGACCGAUGCAUUGAUGGGUGACAUCAAAGCACUCACGAUACAUCGAAAGGGACUUGAAGCAGUCCUACAAGGCAAAGAUGUCCGGCACCAAUCAAACCAAUACCUCAAGCUUGUCAAAGAUAAACAUGAUCUGCUACUUGACCUGAUGGGCGAACCAAUGCCAUUCGGUGCAUGGCACACGAUGUCCUCUAAAACACUUGAAUUGCAUUAUUCGUCCACCCCAUUUCCUCUAGGUAUAUCCGAAGUUAUCGCCAUGCUUCCAGAAGGCUUUCGAGCCAUCGCUUCAGAAGGUCGAGGUCUUUCUAUCGAACUUGCAAAGUCGUUAGUGUGGACAGCAUCGUGGAUAACCAGUCUUAUGAAGAACCAGCCACUUCAAUCGUCGCGGCGGAGCCUUGAUACUGAAAUCGGUCGAAUUCGACUGAUUCUGCAGCGGUUGGACACAUCUGUCGCGCCACUCGAACGAUGUUUCUGCUUGGCGUACUACAUGUCGAUGGCAACCAUGUACUACAAGCCUUUGUGCCAGACUUCAUCGUUUUUCCGGUGCUGUCGAGAAGAAGCUACAACUCUAUUACUAUCAUAUGUUCCCGAUACCGUCGCAAAACGGGAACUUCUACUCUUCACAUCAAUGCUUGUAAUGGAGACAUGGAAGAACGUUGCAGUUCUGGAACCCAGGGGAGUUGAUCUCGUUGAGAAGAUGAAACACAGAUAUCCGGAGAUGUGCCACUGGGAUCACUUGAAAACGAUUCUGAAGAGAUUCAUUGCAACCAACCAUUCACUGAUAGAGUGGGAGCGAGAUAUUCAACCAAAGUAA